UAUUUUACACAAUAAUAAUUAGGAUGGUACACAAAACAGAUUGAGGGUGCUAAUAAAAAAAUAAAAAUUAAUUUUAAAAAAUAAAUUCCCAAUAUGAUAAGUUUUUCAGUUCAAUGUUUAAUUAAAAAUCAUUUUAAAAUUUAACUGCCGAAAAUUCUUUCCCGAAAAAUUCAAGAAAAAAAAAUGACUACCAGCAAUUUAAGUAUAAAAAUUAUCACUUGGAAUGUUGGUGAAUCUUUCCCGCCUAAAGAUCUAACUAAUCUCCUGGCACUGGACCCCCCCGGUGCUGAUAAUGAUUCUGAUAGGGACAAAAAAUUACAACUACCUGAUAUCUACGUUAUAGGACUACAGGAAUUAAAGUCUGACACUGCCUCCUUAAUCUCUGAUUCCCUAUUCGACGACGCGUGGACCAAUCAGAUUACAGAAACCCUCUGGAGUAGGGCUGGCUAUGUUAGGGUAAAAUCGUUACGUUUGGUCGGCAUACAUAUAUCCUUGUACACUAAGAGAAAGAAUCUUGUUAGAAUUUUAAAUGUUGAAAGUGAAUAUACUAGGACUGGAUUUGGCGGGUUGUGGGGUAGCAAGGGAGCAGUAACAAUAAGGUUGGAGAUCGACCACGUCAAUAUUUGUUUCGUGAACUGCCAUUUCACAGCCCAUCCGGAGAAUUUCGUUCAGAGAAUCGAGGAUUACAACCAGGUUUUGUUUACUCAGAAGUUUCGAGACAAAGACUCUCCUAGCAUAUUGGAUCAUGAUUACAUCUUCUGGUUCGGCGACCUCAACUUCCGCCUGGAUGACGUCACGAAUGAAGAAUGCCGGAAAAGGAUUGCCGCCAAAGAUUAUAAAUAUCUUUUGAGUAAAGAUCAGUUGAACAACGCGAGAUUGAGAGAGUUGCUGUUGAUUGACUUUGACGAGGGUCCGAUUGAUUUUCAACCGACCUACAAAUUCAACUACAACAGUUCUGAUUAUGAUACCAGUCCCAAAAACAGGGUACCUUCGUGGUGCG